AGCGAAAACAACACUGCGACAAAUGUCUCUCUACAGGAAUAUAGUGUGGUUUAUCAAGGGAAUGUGUGAGUAUACAAGGUCUGGAUUUGAGAAUGCCUCUAAGAGUUUUGUGGCGAAGGAUCUGGAUGUGUCCAUGGUCGGGCGUUCCUUCAUGAUCACUGGAGCCAACAGCGGAAUAGGAAAGGCGACAGCUAUAGCCAUAGCCAAAAAAGGUGGCACUGUCCAUAUUGUUUGCCGAAACAAAGAGCGAGCCGAGAGAGCAAGAGAAGAAAUAAUCUCAACCAGUGGAAAUACUGAGGUUCACGUGCAUGUGUUGGAUCUCUCAGAGUCAAGGAAAGUUUGGGAGUUUGCCGAGGCAUUUAAGAAGGAGCAUUCCUUUCUCAAUGUUUUGAUCAAUAAUGCCGGAUGUAUGGUAAAUCAGAGGGAAAUGAACCCUGACGGGCUGGAGAAAAACUUUGCAACCAAUACUCUUGGUGUUUAUAUUCUCACAAAAUGUCUAAUCCCGUUGUUGGAGAAAAGCAGGGACCCGCGAGUUAUCACAGUGUCAUCAGGAGGGAUGCUGGUACAGAAACUGGACACAGAUGACCUGCAGACAGAGAGAGCUCAGUUUGAUGGUAACAUGGUAUACGCACAGAACAAGAGGCAGCAGGUGGUAAUGACAGAAGUUUGGGCAAAAGCUAGUCCCAAAAUAUUUUUUUCUGUUAUGCACCCUGGGUGGGCUGACACGCCAGCGGUUGCCACGGCGAUGCCUCAAUUCCAUCAGAUGAUGCGCGAUCGUCUGCGUACGGCGGAGCAGGGAGCUGACACGGUUGUCUGGCUCGCUGUUUCACAAGCAGCCGCUGCAUUUCCCAGUGGCCUUUUCUUUCAAGAUAGGACACCGUUUCCAGCUCACUUGCCUCUUGCAUGGACGCACAGCUCUCGACAUGAUGUCAAAGUGUUCAUGGGUCGCUUGGAGACUUUGGCGAUGGCUGUCAAACCAUCAGAGUGAGGACACACGUCUAAAGAGCCGUUCACACUGAGAGAAUAAAAAGAUGGACGGUGCUGGACUGUUGGAGAAAACUUGAAGACAUUUUAAGUGUGGGAUAUAUCAACAUAAAUUAAAAUUUAGUCAUCAUUUAUAGUCUCCUUUCACUUUCAUUGCAUAUUUAUUUGAUACAAUGAAAAUAAAUAGUGACCUAGUGUGGCAUUGCAACAUUCUGCCUACUUUUGCGAUCCAUGGAAGAAAGAAAGUCAUAUGGUUUUGGAACAAUAUGAGGGUGAGUAAAUGAUGACAAAAUAUUAAUUUUUGGGUGAACCAUACUUUUAAUAAAUAAACUAUAACUCACUCAUGUUAUGUGAAAGAGAGCUUUACAGCCACUAUGUAAACAAGGUAAAAUUAUCAUAAUGCAUUAACUAAUGCAUUAAUGUUACCUAUACAAAUGUAAUUUAAAAAAUUUAUUAGUAUACUGAAAUUAAGAUUGUAACCUAGAUGAAUAUAUGCUUUAAAAGUAUUGUUCAUUGUAACUUCGUGUAAACUAAUGUUGGAAAGAUAUAAACAAAACAAGGAUUUUAAGAAUAUGUCAGCUCUGUAGGUCCAUAAAAUGCAACUCAACAGGGUCCAAAACUUUGAAGCUCAAAAAGGCAGCAUUACAGUAAUUAAUAUGACUCCAGUGGAUAAAUCCAUACCUUUAGAAGCGACAUGAUAGAUUUGAGUUGAGAUACAGAUCAAUAUUGGUGAUUUUUUUUUUACUAUAAAUUCUCCUCUCUGCCCAGUAGGGGGCAAUAUAUGCAUGAAUAAUAUCAAUCGCCAAAAACAAAAGAAGAAUAACUCAUAGGAGUGAAGAGCACUUACAAUUUGAAAGUGGAGAUUUUUUGUCAAAAAAGGACUUAAAUAUUGAUCUGUUUUUCAACCACAUUUUCAUAUCGUUUCUAUAGAUAUUGAUUACUUUUAUGCUGCCAUUUUAUGCUUUUUUGAGCUUUAAAGUUUGGACUAUGCUAACAUGCAUUGUAUCUGCUAAACAUCUUCAUUGUGUUCAGCAGAAGAAAGAAAGUCACAUACUGAGAUGGCAUGAGGGUGAGUAAAUGAUGAGAGAAUUUUCAUUUUCAGGUGAACUGUUCCUUUAAGAAAUGGAAACCUAUUGUAAAGCGUUACAGAGAAACCUUUCAAUUUCUCUACAGGAAGGAUUACAAAAGGUUUUUAUAACGCAGUUUAAGGUGUUUAACCAUGUACCUGGUCACAACAUGCAGAGUAAAAACUUUACAGCACAAUGAGUUGGCUGAAGCUGUGGUUGAGCCAUGGUGCUCUGAAGAGGAUGCAGGUUUGAAUGCAACCUGCGUCACUUCCUGAUCCCAUUCAUCUUUCUGUCAUAUUGUUUUUCCACUGGGCUGUCCCAUAAAGGCAAAAAGCAGAAAAAUAAUAAUUAUAAAAAGAAAAAAAAAAAAGGUUUUGUACCUUGCCAGUCAUUGUCACACAGCCAACUUCCUGUAGAGUAACAGGAUAUUAUAUAACCUCUGUUGGGUUUUUUGACUGUAACACUGGAUACAUAUUUGUCAUGUAAAAAUUAAGAAAUCAACAAACAAAAAAAUAACCUGCAAACUCCUUUAUAAUUGCUCGUAUAAAUGCGGUGUCUCUUUAAUGGAUAGCGUCCACCUACGACGACGAUGAGUGUGUCAUCAUUUCUGUGCCAGGAUGAAAUGUAUAAAAUCCUUAAUUUCCUGCGCUGGUAAAUGAUUAAUCACGCUCUCAGUUUGACGUCUUAUGAUGGUCACAUCAUCAAAAUAAAUUAUCAUCUUCAAGUGUGCCAAAUAAAGCAUGUGACAUGCUCUGGUUUAUAUAAUCUGGUACAGUAAGUGUAAUAAUGGCUGCAGAUGUU